UAAAACAAGAUAACAGGGAAUCUCAGCACUGCCAGAGAAUUCACCGUCUUUUCCCUUCAACUCUCUCAACAUGUUUUCCUAGGAGAAGAUAUUUCUCUGUGACUUUACUCAUAGAAACAGAACUCAGAUGUACAGUCAUUCGUGUAGCGUUAUGGCAUAGUGUUGCACUGCUGGUGUCUUGUAUUGCGAGAGAACGCUUUGAUUUCGGCUCUGGACUUCAAGAGAUCAGAAUCUUUUAAUAUAUGAAUGAGCGAGAUUAUCCGGGGCCGUUAUUGCGGGCACUGCAAAUUGAACACAUUUCUUAAAUUUGCCGCAUGAAGCUGUUCAAGGAACUGGGUUUCUGAGGAUGCAGCAAUUUGCUAACCGCUAGUUUAUUGCUGGAGAGACGAUACUCUUCCACAGUAGGGAUUCCCGUUUACGUUUUAAAAUUUGGUUGGAGAGUCAGCUGCUUGAGAGACAGAUUAUCUGCAUUCCAGCUGCCAAGAAGUUCAAUUGCAUUGCCAUUAUUAUUGUUUUUUUUUAUCCAGAAGAGGUGUGAUCUGUUGGAAUGAGACUGUGUAAGGGAGCCGGCGGUAGGGGGAUUGGGUUGAGUUUAGGUCGGGAACUACAAGUCUAGAUACCUAAACUUUGCUUAGAUAUAUUUUAUUAUCCACGUCCCUGAUAUGGAUCGGUCAACUUCCUUGGACAUUGAGGCUCUGAAGAUGACCCAGGAGCACUACGUCCUGGCAGCCCAGCCCAACACCCUCCAGAGGCCUGGAUGCACCGCGGUUUACCCUGUGGGCAUAUACGGCUGGAGGAAACGCUGCCUGUACUUCUUCAUUCUGCUGCUGCUCGUCGUAAUGAUCGUAAACCUGGCAUUAACCAUAUGGAUCUUGAAGGUCAUGAAUUUCACAGUGGAUGGAAUGGGUAAUCUUCGAGUAAAUAAAGAAGGAAUAAGACUGGAAGGCAUAUCAGAAUUUCUCCUCCCGCUGUAUGUUAAGGAGAUACAGUCAAGAAAGGACAGUGCACUAAUCUUGCAGUCUGAUAGGAAUGUGACCGUGAAUGCCAGGAAUGGCCUUGGGCAGCUAACAGGACAGCUCACUGUGGGAUCAGAGAUGGUGGAAGCACAAUGCCAGAGAUUUGAGGUCCGUAGCAGUGACGGUGAAAGGAUGCUAUUUUCGGCAGACGAAGAGGAGGUCAGCAUUGGCACAGAGAAGCUAAGAGUGACAGGUACCGAAGGCGCCGUCUUCGAGCACUCUGUCGAAACGCCACAUAUCCGGGCGGAAGCUUUUCAAGAUCUGAAGCUUGAAUCGCCAACAAGGACGCUUACAAUGGAGGCCCCGAAAGGGGUGGAAAUAACCGCGGAGGCCGGGGGUCUUGACGUCUCGUGUCGAAAAGACCUGCUACUCCAGUCCACAGAAGGAGAGAUAUUUUUAAAUGCAAACACAAUCCGACUGGGAAACCUUCCGGUGGGCAGGCCGACAGCGUCCCCCGGGCAGCCAGUGUCCAAACAGACUGUGUUCGAGGUGUGCGUCUGUCCCAACGGGAAGCUGUACCUCUCCCCGGCCGAGUCGGCCUCCACGUGUCAUUCCACGAGCAACGUCUGUCUCUGGAGCUGAAAGCGGGCCGGACUCUCACACCAGACAAGCCUUGGGAUUGGUUCUCUCCCAUUCCCUACGCUUUUCCGCUCCCCGACCGGAAUGCGGGGAAUUGCAGCGGGCUUCCGGGGGCCGAAUCCGGCACGGGAGCAUUAAUGAUGCCUUUUCAUUUUUGUAGACUGAAAGAGAAGGCGCGCGAGGUAUGUGCUGAGGAAUCAAAGGGAAGUGCACGUGACCAGUCUGGGAUCAAAUAUAUUUUCUAGGGAAUUGAAACAAAUACACAGGUGCCUUUGCUAUUGUCAGUAAAGCACAUGAGUGACAACAUUCUCCAGACCGCCAGUGCAUCCUUCACCACAAACAAAAUCUAUUUCCCUCAAAUAAAAUCUAAAGACUUCUGAUACAGUAUGCAUUUCUCUACUGUUUUACUAAAAGCACAAAUUAUGCCAUGUAUAAAAUCUCCA